AUGGACAAGGAUAUAAACAAUCGAAUUCAAGAAUGUGGUGGAUGUGCAGCUGUUAGUUCUCAGCAUCCUCCAGAACCUAUGAUUCGUAAAGAAAUGCCAGACAGAGCGUGGCAGGAGCUGGCUAUUGAUUUUUUCACCGCUAAAGAAUGUGCUACGUUUCUAGUUGUAAUUGAUUACUACAGUAGAUACCUUACUGUCACUGAAAUGAAAUCUACAAACGCGACACAAACAAUCGAAGCAUUAGAAGGAAUGUUUAGGAUUCACACGUAUCCAGAAACCAUUCGGGCAGACAAUGGACCUCCCUUCGCGAGUGAGGACUUUGCGACGUACUGCACAAGUAAAAAUAUAAGACUAAUUAGAACCAUCCCUUACUGGCCACAAAUGAAUGGCCUUGUGGAACGACAAAAUCAAGGGAUCCUCAGAACACUGCGUAUAGCUAAAACGUUGAAACAAGACUGGCGAAAGGCAGUUCAGGAAUAUGUUUACGUAUACAACACAAGACCACAUUCAGUGACAGGAAAAUCUCCGUUGGAACUUUUGACUGGUAGACCUGCAAAAGAUCUUUUGCCGUCUUUACGAACUGAGGCAUAUUGGAACCGAGAUGACGAAGUACGAGAUCACGAUGCGAUCCAGAAAAUGAAAGGGAAAAUAUAUGCGGAUGGUCGUCGCCGUGCAAAAACAUCCAAUAUCAACGUUGGUGAUAUGGUAAUGAUAAAAAACUACGACUCGGGCAAGCUACAAUCCGGCUUCCAUUCUCAAAAGUAUAAAGUGAUUCGCAGAAAAGGAGUAGACGUACAUGUAGAGAGUGAGGAUGGUGUAGUAUAUAGACGCCCGGUAAGUCACCUGAAGCUUUGGCCGAUUCCGCGCAAGAUUGUCACUCCUCCUAACACAGAGCCGGAUGCUCAAGAUUAUUCUUCUUAUACUUCUGAUUCCAAAAAGCUUGAAUCCAAAUCCAAUCGCAAUCAUAAAUUGACAGAAAACACUCCUGCAGAGGUCCUUGGAGACGCAGCAGCGGAAAGGCCAAGACGAGUUUUGAAGAAACCAGUUCGAUUUGAGGAAUAA